GCGUGGCGGCCGCGGGCAGCUUCUAAAGUUGGUGGUACUUAGUGCACCCAGGAAAUGCUUGUUUCUUCAUUCCCCAGAGAAGAAGCCCGCUGUACGCAGCAGAACCUGAAGGGCUGACUGCGGAACCUCCACCUUGCCUGGCUCUUCCCGCAUCGGCUGCUUCUAUAAAAUGGGAAUACUUAUUGCAGUUCUUGGAAUAUGGUUCGGCUCUUCACUUGUAAAAGGAGAUUCUAAGGCUGUGACAACAUCUCUAACGACAAAGUGGUCUUCAACUCCUUUAUUACUUGAAACAAGUGAAUUUUUAUCAGAAGAAGGUCAAGAGAAAUUCUGGAAUUUUGUGGAAGCCAGUCAGAAUAUUAAGACAUCUGAACAAGAUGGUAGCGAUUAUUCUUCUUACCAUGAAAUGCUGAAAAUCGCCUGUCAGACUCUGUCACCUUUGCAGCAGAAUUUGUUGAAAUUUUCCUUGUCUUUACGCUCUUACUCUGCAACAGUUCAAGCUUUUCAACAGAUAGCAGCAGAUGAACCUCCACCAAAGGGCUGUACUCUGUUUUUUGCUGUGCAUGGGGAGAAAACGUGUGAAUUUGAGUCCCUUGGAAACCUUUUACAGACAGCUUCAGAAAGGCCAAAGCCGUUUUUGUUCAAAGGUGACCACAAGUACCCCGUGUCAAACCCCGAAAGCCCUGUUGUCAUACUGUACGCCGAGAUCGGCUCAGAGGAGUUCUACAAGCACCACAGGAGCCUCGUUUUAAAGGCUGAGGCAGGAGAAAUCACUUACGUUCUCAGACACUUUAUUUCUAAUCCCACUAAAGAAAAAGUCUACCUCUCUGGCUAUGGUGUGGAACUGGCUAUUAAAAGUACAGAAUAUAAGGCCAAGGAUGAUACACAGGUGAAAGGCACAGACGUGAACACUACAGUAAUAGAGGAAAGUGACCCUAUUGAUGAAGUGCAGGGAUUUCUGUUUGGAAGACUAAGGCAGUUGUAUCCUGACUUGACAGAAGAGCUGAAAGAGCUUAGAAAACACCUGGUGGAAAGUACCAAUGAAAUGGCACCUUUGAAAGUCUGGCAGUUACAAGAUUUAAGUUUUCAAACUGCUGCUCGCGUGUUGACUGCUCCCCCAGUGGAUGCUUUGAUGGUCAUGAAAGAUCUCAGUCAGAACUUUCCUACAAAAGCCAGAGCCAUAACAAAAACAGUUGUUUCUUCGGAACUCAGAGCAGAAGUUGAAGAGAACCAAAAGUAUUUCAAAGGAACAUUAGGAUUGCAACCGGGAGAUUCUGCCCUGUUCAUCAAUGGACUCCUCAUUGAUUUAGACACUCAGGACAUAUUUAGCUUGAUUGAUGUGCUACGCAAUGAAGCCCGUGUUAUGGAAGGCCUGCACAGCUUAGGAAUUGAGGGUCUUUCCUUGCACAAUGUCCUCAAGUUGAACAUCCAGCCGUCAGAUUCCGACUACGCUGUGGACAUCAGAAGCCCUGUGAUUUCAUGGAUCAACAAUCUUGAAGUUGACAGUCGGUACAAUUCCUGGCCUUCCAAUGUGCAAGACCUGCUGCGUCCCACAUUUCCAGGCGUGAUCAGACAAAUUAGGAAAAACUUCCAUAAUUUUGUGCUGAUAGUAGAUCCUACUCAUGAGACCACAGCAGAGUUACUGAAUGUGGCUGAGAUGUUCUUCAGUAACCACAUCCCACUGAGGAUAGGACUAGUCUUUGUGGUUAACGACUCGGAGGAUGUUGAUGGACUGCAGGAUGCUGGUGUCGCCCUCCUCAGGGCAUACAAUUAUGUGGCACAAGAAAUGGACAAUAAUUAUGCUUUCCAGACUGUCAUGUCUAUAUAUAACAAAGUGAAAACGGGAGAUCAGCUGAAAGUGCAGCAUGUGGUCAGUGUUCUUGAGAAACAGUAUCCUUAUGUGGAAGUCAACAGCAUUCUGGGAAUUGAUUCUGCCUAUGAUCAAAACAGAAAGGCAGCAAGAGGUUACUAUGAGCAAACGGGUGUAGGUCCGCUGCCUGUCGUGCUGUUCAAUGGGAUGCCUUUUCAAAAAGACCAGCUGGAUCCUGAUGACCUAGAAACCGUGACAAUGCACAAAAUCCUGGAGACAACAAGCAUCUUCCAGCGAGCUGUGUACCUGGGUGAAUUAUCUAAUGACCAAGAUGUAGUUGAGUAUAUCAUGAACCAGCCUAAUGUUGUUCCAAGAAUUAACUCAAGAAUCUUGAUGUCUGACAGAGAGUACCUAGAUCUGACAGGAAUGAAUAACUUUUACGUGGAUGACUUUGCUCGAUUUACCACAUUGGAUACCAAAGAUAAGACAGCUGCUGUCGCAAACAGCAUGACCUACUUAACAAAGAAAGGAAUGUCUUCCAAGGAGAUCUAUGAUGAUUCCUUUGUUAGACCAGUUACUUUUUGGAUUGUUGGUGAUUUUGAUAAACCUUCGGGGAGGCAAUUGUUGUAUGAUGCAAUUAAACACCUGAAAUCCAGCAAUAAUGUUCGAAUGAGCAUGAUCAAUAAUCCUAGUGAAGAUCCAAACAGCAAGAAUACACUUGUUGCUAAAGCCAUAUGGGCAGCUCUACAGACACAAACAUCAAAUAAUGCCAAGAACUUCAUCACCAAAAUGGCAAAAGAAGAAAAUGCAAAGGCACUAGAGGCAGGAGCUGACAUCUUGGAAUUUGCUGUUGGGGGUAUGAAUACCAAUAUUUUCAAAGAAGCCUUUGAAUCUCCCAAAGUGGAUUUUAUUCUGUCCCAUACUAUAUAUUGCAGAGACGUUCUGAAGCUGAAGAAGGGGCAGAGGGCUGUGAUCAGCAAUGGAAGGAUUAUUGGCCCAUUAGAGGAUGGUGAGAUGUUCAAUCAGGAUGAUUUCCAUCUCCUUGAGAACAUCAUACUAAAGACAUCAGGACAGAAAAUCAAAUCUCAGAUUCAGCAGCUGGGAUUUGAAGAAGAUCUUGCAAGUGACUUGGUAAUGAAAGUGGAUGCUCUUCUUUCUGCUCAACCAAAAGGAGAGGCAAGGAUUGAAUAUCAUUUCUUUGAAGAAAGAUACAGUGCAGUUAAACUGAGACCAAAAGAGGGAGAGACAUACUUUGAUGUUGUGGCUAUUGUUGAUCCUGUGACCAGAGAUGCCCAGAGACUUGCUCCGUUACUUCUGGUUUUGAACCAAUUGAUAAAUAUGAACUUAAGAGUCUUCAUGAACUGCCAGUCCAAACUUUCUGACAUGCCACUGAAAAGCUUUUAUCGCUAUGUGUUGGAACCAGAGAUUUUGUUCACAGCAGAUAAUAACUUUGCUCCGGGACCAAUUGCCAAGUUUUUGGAUAUGCCUCAGUCUCCACUGUUCACUUUGAACCUAAAUACUCCUGAGAGCUGGAUGGUGGAAUCUGUCAGAACCCCCUAUGACCUGGAUAAUAUUUACUUACAGGAGGUGGAUAAUGUUGUGGCUGCAGAAUAUGAACUAGAGUACCUGCUGCUGGAAGGACACUGCUAUGAUAUUACUACGGGACAGCCACCUCGGGGGCUCCAGUUUACACUGGGAACUUCAGCCAAUCCUGUCAUCGUUGAUACCAUUGUUAUGGCCAACUUGGGUUACUUCCAGUUAAAAGCCAAUCCUGGUGCAUGGACUCUAAGACUGAGAAAGGGCAGAUCUGAGGAUAUCUACAGAAUCUACAGCCAUGAUGGCACAGACUCUCCACCUGAAGCCAGCGAAGUUAUUGUUGUUCUCAACAACUUCAAGAGCAAAAUUAUUAAAGUGAAGGUUCAGAAAAAGCUAGAGAUGAUGAAUGAAGAUCUACUAAGUGAUGGUACCAGUGAGAAUGAAUCUGGAUUUUGGGAAUCUCUCAAAUGGGGAUUCACAGGAGGACAAAAGAAUGAAGAUGUGAAACAGGAGAAAGAUGAUGUACUAAAUAUAUUCUCUGUGGCCUCAGGACACCUAUAUGAAAGAUUUCUACGGAUAAUGAUGUUGUCUGUGCUGAAACAUACUAAGACUCCUUUAAAGUUUUGGUUUCUGAAGAACUACUUAUCACCUACCUUCAAGGAGUUCAUCCCAUACAUGGCAGAGAAGUACAAUUUCCAGUAUGAGCUUGUCCAGUAUAAAUGGCCACGCUGGCUUCAUCAGCAAACAGAGAAACAGCGGAUCAUCUGGGGCUACAAGAUCCUCUUUCUAGAUGUGCUCUUCCCCUUAGCUGUUGAUAAAAUCCUGUUUGUGGAUGCUGAUCAGAUUGUGCGCACAGAUCUAAAGGAAUUAAGAGAUUUCAAUCUAGAUGGUGCUCCUUAUGGAUAUACGCCAUUCUGUGACAGUCGAAGAGAAAUGGAUGGCUACAGGUUCUGGAAAUCAGGAUACUGGGCAAGCCAUUUAGCUGGAAGAAAAUACCACAUCAGUGCUCUGUACGUUGUGGAUCUGAAGAAGUUCAGAAAGAUAGCAGCCGGAGAUCGACUCAGAGGACAAUAUCAGGGUCUUAGCCAGGAUCCUAACAGUCUGUCCAACCUUGAUCAGGAUUUGCCAAACAACAUGAUACACCAGGUGCCAAUUAAAUCACUCCCGCAGGAGUGGCUGUGGUGUGAAACAUGGUGCGAUGAUUCCUCAAAGAAGAGAGCAAAAACCAUCGAUCUCUGUAAUAACCCAAUGACCAAAGAGCCUAAGUUGCAAGCAGCGAUGCGUAUAGUUCCAGAAUGGCAGGAGUAUGAUCAAGAAAUCAAACUGCUCUAUAGUCUUUUCCAGAAAGAAAAAGAAACAGGAACAGCAGCUGAGAUGUCAGGACAACACACACAUGAUCCAGCAGCACAUGUGGAAUUAUGAUCCGUGGAGAAACAUUCAAGUUAGACUGUUUCAUAGACAAUUUUUAUAUUGAAAGCUAGUUUUUUUUCCGGUAUGUCUGCAAAACUGCUGAAUAAUUGAGUGGGAUGAUGUAUGCAUUUUUAUUACUUGCCUUUGGGUUAAUUUCUGCAUAUGAAAUAGGAUCUGGAUUGCUGGAAUUAGCGUUACGGUUUUUUGCACCUGUGGUGGAGAGGAAAGAGCCCAUGAUGGAAUUUAGCAUUUCAGAAACAAAACUUCAGAAUCCACUGGAAGAGCCACAGCCUGUUCCUUCAGCUGUUGCUGCCUCCACCACUGAUGAAGAUCCUGUUAGGCUCAGAUCGGACUCGAGAGCCUGGAAACCGCAGACCCAUUGAGCCGUUGGCUAGAACAUAAGUCCUGACCUCAACUGAUGGAGAUAAUUUUUCCAGGUAACAUAAAAAGGCUCAGAAUCAUGCCUUGAAUUUGGGAUAUUGUUUUAUCUGCAAGUUUUCAAACAGUUGGAAAUGCUUCUCAGAUUUUUUCAGUAUUCCCUUGAUUUCGUAAAAAAUCCAGCAUUACUUAGAUUUUCUAUUUCCUAUCUUCAUUUAUUGCCCAACUUUUGCAAGGUUUGGCUUAACAUAAACUACCACAAAAUGCCCAUCCAAAUACAAAUGCCUACGUUUACAAAGUGAGCAGAACAUGGAAUUUGACAGCUCAGUUCAUCCUCACCCAUCUGACUUGAAUCUAAGUGCCCUCCUUCCUUCCUGCUCAAACUUUAAAUCAGUCCCCAAAACUGGUAGGGCCUUUACUAUUGCUGUGGUUCACUGAUUCAUGAAUGUUUUUUGUUUAUGAAAAAAAUCUGUGGAAGCUUGGACGUUUUUCAUUAUGUAAAUUUCAUUAACUUUAUUUUUCUUCAAACAGAGAUGUCACAUCAAUAAAAACUUUGGAGUUCUUAGGUCUUAA